CCGAGUCCUGGCCAUCACUAAAAAAUGGCGCUUUGCUGCAAGUGCAUUUUUUCUUAAUUUUCUGUAAACUCGAAGAUAAAUUGGAUUGAUUGGCUGCCUAUUGAAUAAGAUAAGAAAUAAGGUCGAUCAUGGCACAGGUGACGGAAGCGGACACCCAAGUGGAUAAGCCGGAAUCCUUACAACCGGUGGAGAACGCCGAGAAACGGGAAACAAACACUGAGGCUAAGAAUGGUGAGACCUCUUUGGAAGAUGAACUCGCUGCGCUGAAUGGAAAAGAUGCGCUGGACGAUGAUGGCCCGGGUAUCGAUGAGCUGACUUCCCUGGAGCAGGAGAUAGCAAAGAUGCACAACAUUCGCCCAGUGCCUACUUCUUCAAAAAAGGGUGAGGCUGGCUCUGUUAGUGGAGCUGCUGAAAAUGGCGGUACCGGCGACGCAGAUGAAAUUUCACACCAGGCGAGCAAAUCCCCGCUUGAUGACAAAGGUCAGGAUACCUCGGGUAGCGGGCAAACCAGUGAAUCUCCUCUGGAGGAGGUGGACCUGAUCGCUCUGCUUAAAGGAACGGACACUAGUCAUGAGCACGAGAAGGACGGGGAUAAUGAGAAGAAGCCAAGCGGCGUGGAAAAAACCCUUUCGGAACUGGAUAACGUGGACGUUGGCGUUACCAUUGAGGGAGAGGGGCAGUACGAGAUAAUGGAAAUAGAUGACGAUGACUCGAUCGCCGCCUCUUCAAAUAGCCCAAAGCCAUCUGCAACGAAAUCUCAUUCAUCGGUCCGCUCUGUAGCUCCUUCUUCAUCCAAACCCAAGCUCUCGGCGGAACAAGCCAGGGCUGUGGCUUUGGAACAAAUUGCUGGUCUCAAUUCCCAGAAAAGUCGACCCCGAAAGGAGCAGCCUCAGCCUCCGCCGGUAAUGAAGGCCAAGGAUAUAGUUAGUUCUCUAAAUGACGAUUGGGAUGACUAUGACUCUGACGACGAUGUCGCCACGCCGUCGAUUUCAGUGGCCAAGGCAAGUGUGCCAGCCCCACUGGUAUCCAAAAAAUCGCCAUCGCCUGUAAAGAAGCUGUUAUCCGAUACCACAAAGUCAUCAAAUCCUGGGUAUGUGGCGAACAACAAACCACUUAUCAGCAGCGUAAAAGUAAUGCUGAAGACCGUGACACAAAAGCAAUUGGAUCAGAGCCUGAAACCCGUUGUUGUGGAGAAACCCACAGUGUCCGCCGCGCCCAAGACCGUAGUAGAACCUACCACAGGUUUCAAGCGAAUGCGGGUGAUUAAGCGCAAAAUAAUCUGGGACCCGGAUGUACCGGAAACAGGGAAGUCCUUUGCGCAAUAUGCCAGCUCCAAAUCAAUAAGAACUUCAGUUUCUCCAAAACGAGCACCCACACCUACUCCUGCCCCAGCCCCAGCCCCCGCCCCAAAAACGCUCAAAGUAAGAGUAAAAGCUACUUCCCCUACAUUGCCAAUCAAAAAGGAGACUGCUGCAAAGAAAUCGCGGGCAUCAACGCCCAAGGAUCUGUCGACAACCACCAAAGCGGCUGCACAACCGAAAGCUUCUGAGGCCGCGCGUCCCUCGUCACCAGCAAAGCGACGUUCCCAAACGCCCAACACCGGUCUGGCAAACGGUGGCGCCCAGAAAAAGAAGAAGGUUAGCGAAAUUGAUCGACUUAUGGGAGACGAGGGGGCGGCCAACAUGAUCCAUGCGGUGGAGCACGAACAGCGAGAGAUGAGCGGUGGCGAAGUGCCCAACAAGCCAUUGAUGCGGAAGCGGGCAAUGACGAUAACCGGGCGGAACCAAAAUGCUGCUCUCACACCGGAACCGAACGUUGCGUCCAAAAAGGAGACAAACAAUUCAACAAAGUCCUCCGGCAAACGGGGGUCCGAUGCCGUUUUCUCCAAAACCCCAUCUACAACGAGCACUUCUGGAUCCAAGUCGAGCGCUUCGGAUUCCUGGGAUUAUGUAUACAAGCAACGUGCCAGCGAGGAGUCGAUGAUCAUGCGCCGGCGUUCUAAUAGCUCGUACUCGAGCAACGCCUCCGUUAGCAGACUUUCGCUCGACAAUAAGCCAGGUGGAAGCCAGGCUCUUUCGGAUGAUGCGGCUGAGAGAUCUGACCCAUCUUUUAAGUUCCUCAAGCCGACAAACAAGAACCAAAGAGGGGUAGAAUCUUCAUCCCACACCCUGGCCAACGACCUAAAAUCCAACAAUGGUCAGUUGGUAACUCUGCAGAAAAGAGACAAGGUCGGUCACCUUACGAUCCAUACGCAGCGCGGAAAAUCCGGAUAUACGUACAGCAGCCAGCUGUUGGAGAAGCUUAGCGAAACGUUGAACAUAGUGGCGCGUAGCAACGAAUACAACACGGUGCUGCUUACCGUCCAGGGACAGCAAUUUUGCCAAGGCAUCGAUUGCAAUGAGCUGGUGCAGGGUUCGCUAGAUAAGCGCAGGAACAGUGCCAGCCAGCUGGCGCAGGCCCUCAAAACAUAUCUCCGCACUCUAGCUACAUUUCCCAAGCCCGUGGUGGCGGGUAUUGUGGGCAACCUCAAGAACCUGGGCGUGAUGCAGUUGCCUCUAGUUGACUACGUGGUGGCCGCCGAUGAUUGUUGUUUUGAGACCCACUAUGCCAAACUGGGGCAACUGCCUGAAGGAUAUGCCCUUUGGCAUGCCAACGAGAAAGUAGCAAGUGAUUUGCACUCGCGUUUGUUUCUGUUGGGUGAGAAACUGACGACAUCGGAUAUUCUGGGAGCCAAGAGCUUCAUCGACAGGACCUGCAAAGCCCGAAGUGUCAACGACGAAGCAAUGGGAGUAGCGCAACAUAUAUCCAAAACCUCGGCAGAUACAUACCGCACCCUGAAGAAGCUAAACCACUCAGCCAGCAACGCAGCGAAAUUUCCGCGUUUGGACGAGGAACUCAAAAUUAUAGCCGAGCAAUGGUCGUCUGCUAAUUGUGUGGCGAAUUUGAAGCGUUACCUUAGCGACACCGACUUUUAGAGUAUAGUCUAAGAAAAUUGCAAUUAUAUACCAUAGUUUGUACAUGGUAGAUAAAUUCGUUUAAAAAAAUGUUACCAUUUACUGCUUUGAUAAUUAUUUAAAACUUUUAGGAGUUUUAUUCUGAAAUUGAUCCAUUUUAAGUUUAUU